UUCACAACUUCUGCCUUUUGGUCAACAGUACCAACAACUUUCAAGCAUCUUCUGCAUUCUUAUUCAUCUUCUGCUCUGCGUUUACUUUUGGUGUGACCACGAAAACAUAACUAGAGAAAAUGGAGGUUCCAAUAUGGAAAUGGUGUUUGAUCGUCAUAGGCAUCAUAUUCUUGGCAAUUGCUUCUCAUUUUCUGGGCAGACUCUUGUGUACACCUCGAGAGAGAAUCGCAGACAGUAAGAUCGAAAAGAAACAUGGGCCAGAACCAGCAGCUCAAGGAAAGGCUGAAAAGAAAGGCAGUGACCAACUCGUAUGAUAAUAAUGAUGCUUGUCAAGUAUAAGUCUCAUUCUAUUUUUCUCUUCUUGUAAAAUAAUCACAUCCAUGUAUAUGAAAUCUUUUCUACUUGCUAUUUUCACAAAAUCUACUAUUUGGGAUACGAGAGACAAAUGCAACAAUAAGUUUCUCGAUUUGUAUGCUAAACAAAACGCAAAU